GCACACGGGGCACCUCCUCGUAGGAAUGUGGUGACAACUUAGGCUCGUGGGCAGGCUGGAAGGGGGGUGAGCAGGCAGGGGACGAGGGCCUCAUGGUGUCCCCCCCACCCCAGAUGCCUCGCGGAGCCUUCCGGACUUCAUGGAGCUCGACCUCCAGGGCAAAGUGCUGCCUGAGGGGGUUGGGCCUGGGGACGUCAAGGCCUUCCAGCUCCUGUACCGGGAGCACUGUGAGGCCAUCGUCGACGUCAUGGUGAACCUGCAGUUCACCCUGGUGGAGACCCUGUGGAAAUCCUUCUGGAGGUACGGUCUCAGCCAGCCUGGUGAGGCGCCGCCGGCGGCAGUGCACGACGAGGCCGAGAAGCGGCUGCCCAAGGCCAGCCUGGUGCUCCUCUCCAAAUUCGAGCCGGUGCUGCAGUGGACCAAGCACUGUGACAACGUGCUGUACCAGGGCCUGGUGGAGAUCCUCAUCCCCGACGUGCUGCGGCCCAUCCCCAGUGCCUUGACACAGGCGAUCCGGAACUUUGCCAAGAGCCUGGAGAGCUGGCUCACCCAUGCCAUGGUGAACAUCCCCGAGGAGAUGCUGCGGGUGAAGGUGGCGGCGGCCGGCGCCUUCGCGCAGACGCUGCGGCGGUACACGUCGCUCAACCACCUGGCGCAGGCGGCGCGCGCGGUGCUGCAGAACACGGCGCAGAUCAACCAGAUGCUGAGCGACCUCAACCGCGUGGACUUCGCCAACGUGCAGGAGCAGGCGUCGUGGGUGUGCCGCUGCGAGGACCGCGUGGUGCAGCGGCUGGAGCAGGACUUCAAGGUGACGCUGCAGCAGCAGAACUCGCUGGAACAGUGGGCGGCUUGGCUGGACGGCGUCGUGAGCCAGGUGCUCAAGCCCUACCAGGGCAGCGCCGGCUUCCCCAAGGCCGCCAAGCUCUUCCUGCUCAAGUGGUCCUUCUACAGCUCCAUGGUGAUCCGGGACCUGACUCUGCGCAGCGCCGCCAGCUUCGGCUCCUUCCACCUCAUCCGGCUGCUGUACGACGAGUACAUGUACUACCUGAUCGAGCACCGCGUGGCCCAGGCCAAGGGCGAGACCCCCAUCGCCGUCAUGGGCGAGUUCGCCAACCUGGCCACCUCGCUGACCGCCCUGGACCCGGACAAGGACGAGGAGGAGGAGGAGGAGGAAGAGAGCGAGGACGAGCUGCCGCAGGACAUCACGCUGGCGGCCGGCGGCGAGUCGCCCGCGCUGGGCCCCGAGGCCCUGGAGCCGCCGGCCAAGCUGGCGCGGAGCGACGCGCGCGGCCUCUUCGUGCAGGCGCUGCCGUCCAGCUAAGGCCGCGGCCGCCCCCUCCCCGCCCCGCCCCCCCCUCCCCGCCUGGGCCCCCCACCAAGGGGAGGGGCCCUCGGAGCCCGGGCACAAUCACAGGGCCGGGCGGAGCCGCCGCUGCCAACUCUGCCACGAACC